GUUGUUCACAACACAACCCACACGUUCUAUGGCUGCCUGUGGAUGUGGCAAUCUGACGACGUGUCUUUGCUCAGCAGUUGUCAAUUUGGCUGCAGCGGGAACCUUCGACUUUUAUAAAUACUGACUGUUGAUCACAUUGCCAUGAUGUUGCAGAGGCUGGCCUUGUGUUCCAGUCUACGUUCCAGGAGCCUGCAAGCAAAUGUUUGCCCACGCUUUGCCAGGGCAGUGUCCCAAACCAAGUUCCCUGUCACCCAUUCUCCUGGGAAGUCAGCAGCGCACCGCAGUGAGCUCAGACAGGCCAAGCGCAUUGUGGUGAAAUUGGGCAGUGCUGUGGUGACGCGGGGAGAUGAGUGUGGCUUGGCCCUCGGGCGUCUCGCCUCCAUUGUGGAGCAGGUGGCCGUGCUGCAGAACCAAGGCAGGGAGAUGAUGAUUGUCACCAGUGGGGCCGUUGCUUUCGGAAGGCAGAGACUGAGACACGAGAUCCUGCUAUCGCAGAGCGUCAGACAAGCCUUGCACUCUGGACAGAACCAACUCAAAGAAAUGUCACUUCCAGUUCUGGAGGCCCGGGCGUGUGCAGCUGCUGGACAGAGUGGCUUGAUGGCUCUGUAUGAAGCUAUGUUCACCCAGUACAGCACCUGCACUGCACAGAUCCUUGUGACGAACCUCGACUUCCACGAUGAGCAGAAGCGUCGCAACCUGAACAGCACCCUCCACGAGCUGCUGCGCAUGAACAUAGUGCCCAUCAUCAACACCAAUGACGCAGUUGUACCGCCCCCUGUUCCAAACAGUGACCUUCAGGGGGUAAAUGUAAUACACAUUAAGGAUAACGACAGCUUGGCUGCAAGACUGGCUGUUGAAAUGAAAGCAGACCUUCUUAUUGCUCUAUCUGAUGUUGAAGGAUUGUAUGACAGCCCCCCAGGAACAGAUGACGCUAAACUCAUCGAUAUCUUCUACCCCGGAGACCAGCAGUCUAUCAGAUAUGGCUCAAAGUCCAAAGUGGGCAUUGGGGGCAUGGAGGCAAAGGUGAAGUCUGCUCUGUGGGCGCUUCAGGGUGGCACGUCGGUCGUCAUUGCCAAUGGCACCGACCCCAAAGUCACGGGCCACGUCAUCACAGACAUAGUGGAGGGAAAGAAAGUGGGCACAUUCUUCUCUGAGGUCAAGCCUGCUGGUCCCACUGUGGAGCAGCAGACAGAAAUGGCCAGGCAGGCAGGCAGGACUCUGGCCACUCUUCACCCAGAUGAGAGAGGGGAGAUAAUUUGCCGUCUGGCUGACCUGUUGACAGAGAAGAAGGAUGAGAUCCUCAGUGCCAACAAGAGAGACAUGGAGACUGCAGCAUCAUCAGGCCGUCUCUCCCAACCCCUGCUGGCAAGGUUGAGUCUGUCCACAUCGAAGCUGAACAGCCUAGCCAUAGGCCUGCGUCAGAUUGCUGUAUCGUCCAGGGACAGCGUGGGGCAGGUGCUCCGCAGGACCAGAGUCGCCAACAACCUGGAGCUCGAACAGAUCACUGUGCCCAUCGGGGUCCUGCUGGUCAUCUUUGAGUCCCGACCCGACUGCCUUCCUCAGGUGUCAGCUCUGGCUAUUGCCAGUGGAAAUGCUCUGUUACUGAAGGGGGGAAAAGAAGCGGCCAACACCAACCGUAUCUUGCAUCAGCUGACCCAGGAGGCGCUCUCUAUCCACGGGGUGAAGGAUGCUAUUCAGCUGGUGAGUACCCGUGAGGAGGUGGAGGACCUGUGUAGACUAGAUAAGAUGAUAGACCUGAUCAUCCCUCGAGGCUCGUCCCAGCUGGUCAGAGACAUCCAGAGAGCUGCCAAGGGCAUCCCUGUGCUGGGACACAGUGAGGGCAUCUGCCAUGUCUACAUCGACUCUGAGGCUUGCAUCGAAAAGGCUAUUGACAUCAUCAAAGACUCUAAAUGUGACUACCCUGCAGCCUGCAAUGCCAUGGAGACCCUACUCCUCCACAGAGAUCUACUGAGGACACCUCUGUUUGACCAGAUUAUAGAUAUGCUUAGAGUGGAACAGGUGAAGAUCCAUGCAGGCCCCAGAUUUGCCUCCUACCUGACUUUUAGCCCAUCUGAGGUGAAGUCUCUGAGGACAGAGUACGGGGACCUGGAGUGCUGCAUUGAGGUGGUGGAUAGUAUACAGGACGCCGUGGACCACAUCCACAAAUACGGCAGCUCCCACACAGAUGUCAUUGUUACAGAUAACGAGAAUACAGCCGAACAGUUCAUGCAGCAGGUGGACAGUGCCUGUGUUUUCUGGAACGCUAGCUCUCGCUUUGCUGAUGGAUACAGAUUUGGUCUUGGUGCGGAGGUUGGCAUCAGCACAGCUCGGAUCCAUGCGAGGGGCCCAGUGGGUCUGGAGGGGCUGCUGACCACCAAGUGGGUCCUCCGGGGUGAGGGGCACACAGUGGCAGAGUUCUCAGAGGCGGGCAGUAUGAAGUACCUUCAUGAGAACAUCCCUGUUCCUCAGAGAUUCCCCAGCUAGGAACCACAGUCAGUCACAGAACCCUCCGAUACAGGAACUGUCAUGUAAAAGUGGGAAGUGAAAACCUUAAAGUUAAUUUUUAUGAGUAGGGCUUAAAUUGCAACCUUAUAUAUGGAUCUGUAUGUGACUGUGGGGGUCAACAAACCACUUUCAGAUACCACAUACAUGAAAGCAGCAGGAGACUGUUUUGUAUCUUCUACAGUGUCGGAGCGUGUAAAGCAUUAAGAUGACCUGGAAAUUAAUGAAGAGGUGGUGAACGGUUGCACAGGAAAGCAAAUGGUCAAAGUAUACGAUAUAUAUAUAUACAAAAGUAUGUGGAGGCCUGUUCCAAUGAGUGGAUUCAGCUUUUUCAGCCAUACCCGUUGCUGACAGGUGUAUAAAAUCGAGCACACAGCCAUGCAAUCUCUAUAGCCCAAAAUUGGCAGUAGAAUGGCCUUACUGAAGAGCUCAGUGACCUUCAAUGUGGCACCGUCAUAGGAUGCCACCUUUCCAGGUAGUUCGUCAACGUUCUGCCUUGCUAGAGCAAUGUAAGUGCUGUCAUUGUGAAGUGGAAACUUCUAGGAGCAACAACGGCUCAGCCGCGAUGUGGUAGGCCUCACACGUAAAAAUCUGUCCUGCAACAUUCCCUAACGAGUUCCAAACUGCCUCUUGAAGCAACGUCUGCACAAGCACUGUUCGUGGUAAUUAGCCCUGUGUGGUCUGGGUUAGGAGCGGGUUUGGCAGGCUGAGAUUUUGCUGUCCCAUCGCGCUCUUGUGACACGGUCGCUAGGUGUACAGUGUUUCCUCCGACACAUUGGUGCAGCUGGCUUCCAGGUAAAGCGGGCAUUGUGGUAAGAAGCAGUGCGGCUUGGCUGGGUCGUGUUUCGGAGGACGCACGGCUCUCGACCUUCGCCUCUCCCGAGUUGCAGCGAUGGGACAACACUAUAACUAACAAUUGGAUACCAUGAAAUUGGGGAGAAUUUUUACGUCUUGCGGGCUGGAGUGAAGUUCCGGGGGGCAGAUUACGCGUCCCCCCCCCCUUUUCUGUUUCAGCAUGACAAUGCCACCUUGCACAAAACCAGGUCUAUACAGAAAUGGUUUGUUGAGAUCGGUGUGGAAGAACUUGACUGGACUACACAGAGCCCUGAACUGAACCCCAUCGAACACCUUUGGAAUGAAUUGGACCGCAGACUGGGUGCCAGGCCUAAUUGCCCGACCUCCCUAUUGCUAUUGUGGCUGAAUUGAAGCAAAUCCCUGCAGCAAUGUUCUAACAUCUAGUGGAAAGCCUUGCCAGAAGAGUGGAGGCAGUUACAGCAGCAAAGGGGGGACCAAACUCCAUAUUAAUGCCUAUGCUUUUGGAAUGAGAUGUUCAACGAGCAGUUGUCCACUUACUUUUGGUCAUGUAUUGUGUGUGUGAAAAAUUUUUAAGAAUGUGAAAUGUCAGAAUAAUUGUAGAGACAAGAUUCAUUUUUUCACAUUCCCAGUGGGUCAGAAGUUUACAUGCACUCAAUUAGUAUUUGGUAGCAUUGCCUUUAAAUUGUUGAACUUGGGUCAAACGUUUCGGGUACCCUUCCACAAGCUACCCACAAUAAGUUGGGUGAAUUUUGGCCCAUUCCUCCUGACAGAGCUGGUGUAACUGAGUCAGGUUUGUAGGCCUCCUUGCUCAUCUACGCCUUUUCAGUUCUACCCACAAAUGUUAUAUGGGAUUGAGGUCAGGGCUUUGUGAUGUCCACUCCAAUACCUUGAAUUUGUUCUCCUUAAGCCAUUUUUCCACAACUUUGGAAGUAUGCUUGGGGUCAUUGUCCAUUUGGAAGACCCAUUUGCGACCAAGCUUUAACUUCCUGACUGAUGUCUUGAGAUGUUUCUUCGAUAUAUCCACAUAAUUUUCCAUUCCUCGUGAUUCCAUCAAAUGUGUGAAGUUCACCAUGACUUCUUUAGAUUUUUCCAUGAUGUCAAGCGAAGAGGCACUGAGUUUUAAGGUAGACCUUGAAAUACAUCCACAGGUACUCCUCAAAUUGACAUAAAUGAUGUAAAUUAACCUAUUAGAAACUUUUAAAGCCAUGACAUAAUUUUCUGGACUUUCCAAGCUGUUUAAAGGCACAGUCAACUUACUGUAUGUAAACUUCUGACCCACUGGAAUUGUGAUACAGUGAAUUAUAAGUGAAAAAUGACUUGUUUUGCACAAAGUAGAUGUCCUAACCGACUUGACAAAACUAUAGUUUGUUAACAAGAUAUUUGUGGAGUGGUUGAAACACCUAGGUUGGCAUCAUUGAAACUAGGUUAUGUAAACUUCCAACUUCAACUGUACAUGCAGGCAGUACCAGUCAAAAGUUUGGACAGACCUAAUAAUUCCUGGGUUUUUCUUUAUUUUUACUAUUUUCUACAUUGUAUAAUAAUUGGGAAGACCUCAAUACUAACACAUAUGGAAUCAUGUAGUAAUAAAAAAAAUGUUAAACUAAUCUAAAUAUAUUUUAGAUUAUUCAAGGUAGCCACCAUUUGCCUUGAUGACAGCUUUGCACACUCUUGGCAUUCUCUCAACCAGCUUCAUGAGGAAUGCUUUUCCAACAGUCUUGAAUGAGUUCCCACAUAUGCUGAGCACUUGUUGGCUAAUAUAUUUUGAUUUGUUUAACACUUUUUUGGGGUUACUACAUGUGCAUGUGUUAUUUAAUAGUUUUGAUGUCUUCACAAAAUAGUAAAACUAAAUAAAAUCCCUUCAACGAGUAAGUGUGUCCAAUCUUUUAACUGGUACUGUGUGUGUGUAUAUAUACACCUAAAUAUUUCUCUCAACAAAAAUAUAAACGCAAUGAUUUUACUGAAUUACAGUUCAUAUAAGGAAAUCAAUCAAUUGAAAUACAUUUAUUUGGCCCAAUCUAUGGAUUUCACAUGACUGGGAUGGGAUGCAGCCAUGGAUGGGCCUGGGAGGGCAUAGCCCCACCCACUUGGUAGACAGGCCCACCCACUGGGGAGCAAGGCCCAGCCUAUCAGAAAUUUUAAAAAAUCUCCACAAAAGGGCUUUAGUACAGACAAAUACUCCUGUUUCAUCAGAUGUCCAGGUGGCUGAUCUCAGACGAUCCCGGAUGUGGAGGUCCUAGGCUGGUGUGGUUCCACGUGGUGUGCGGUUGUGAGGCCGGUUGUACGUAGUUCCAAAUUUUCUAAAACGAUGUUGGAGGCAGCUUAUAGUAGAGAAAUUAAUAUUCAAAUCUCUGGCAACAGCUCUGGUGGACAUUCCUGCAGUCAGCAUGCCAAUUGCACAUUCCCUCAACUCACCUCUGUAGCGUUGGCCUUAUUUUCCCCAGCACAAGGUGCACCUGUGUAAUGAUCGUGCUGUUUAAUCAGCUUCUUCAUAUGCCUCACCUGUCAGGAGGAUGGAUUAUAUUGUCAAGUGUGUAACGCUCACUAACAGGGAUGUAAACAAAUGUGUGCACAAUUUGAGAGACAUUUUGUGUGUAUGGAACAUUUCUGGGAGUUUUUAUUUCAGCUCAUGAAACGGGACCAACAGUUUACAUUCCCCUGUUUUAUAUUUUUGUUCAGUGUAUAUAUCCAUUCAUUCGCCGUGUGUGUCCCCUGCACUAGGUCUCGCCAGAAUGUUUUGUAUAGUGACCACAGAGGUUGGACAUUUUGUGCAAUUUGUGCCUCCCCCUCAAAUGUUUAUGGUAAAAUAAUUUGUAAUCAUGAUUGGUUACUGGCCCUAUUUGAUUUGACUUUUUUUCCCUUCUGUUUUUCAUGUUUAUGGUCACAUGUUUGGUGUCAGUACAGGUCCAUAGUGAAAGUUUGUUAUCUUUGGUUCCUCAUGCCACAGAUUCUUUGAAUAAUAAAGAUGAUGUACAGUUA